GCUUAGUACGUACCUAGCGGACUAGGGCUCUAGACCCGGAAGAUCCAAGUAUAUAUCAAUACAUGAAACAAACAAAUCAUUACCUCUAGCUCUAUUUGCCCUGCGUACGUUCAAACAUGGAAAUAUUCUUAUUCUUCAAACAAGUAGAAAUGCUCCCAUGGCUUAAUGUCGGCGGCUGGUGGAACAUUCUACUUGGGUUUUCUCUUGUUCUUGUGCUUGUGCUUGUGCUGGUCUACAGGACCGCCUCGGGCGGCCGCCAUGAAUGUUAUCUGGUGGAUUUCACGUGCUAUAAGCCACCACCGGAACGACAGGUCAACACGGAGCUGAGCGUCUACUUUCAAGGCAAGCAGGAGCCUCUGGACAUGGAGCGCUUGGAUUUCCAGUGGAAAAUGUACCUGCGCUCCGGGUUGGGAGAAGAAACCAGCGGGUGCAGCUCGUUUUUCAAGGAAGGAAUGCCGGAAUCAUCGCUGGAGGAAGCAAGGGAAGAGAUCGAGGAAAGUUUCGGCGCAGUUCUCGACGAUCUCUUCGCCAAAACUAACGUCAAACCGGCCGAGAUCGACAUUGUGAUCGCCAACGUCUCGACGUUCACCCCAGCGCCGUCACUGGUUGCAUGGGUGGUGAAUCGGUACAAAAUGAGGGAAGACGUAAAAAGCUUCAAUCUUUCUGGCAUGGGGUGCAGUGCGAACGUGAUAGCGGCGGGGAUGGGCAAAGACAUGCUGAAAACUCACCCAAAUUCCUACGUUUUGGCGGUGGGUACCGAGAGUAUUACUUUGCAUGGGCACUACGGGGGUACUGAUAAGUCAUUCAUGCUGUGUUACUGCCUCUUCCGGGUCGGCGGCUACGCUAUGCUGUUGUCCAACAAACCGGGUGACCGGCGGCGGGCCAAAUUGCGGCUUGCGCACACGGUCAGAACCAACGCAGCCGCCAUUGACGACGCUUACACGUGUGUGAUGACCAAGGAAGAUGAGCAAGGGUUCUACGGCAUUGGCCUCCGCCAGGCUCUUCUUACAGUGGCUGCCAAUGCUGUAAAGACCAAUCUUUCGGCAUUGGGUCCCAAGGUUCUUCCGCUUAGGGAGAUGCUCUACUAUGCCUUUGUUAAUUUCCUCUGUAUUGGAUUUCUUAAGAUGAACCGUGAGCCUUAUGUUCCUAAUUUUAGGCUGGCGUUCCAGCACUUUUGUAUUCAUCCCGGUGGACGGGCUGUUAUCAGUGGAAUCGGGAAAAACUUGAGGCUUAGUGAGUACGAUUUGGAGCCCUCAAGGAUGGCUCUUUUUCGCUUUGGAAAUACUUCCACCAGUGGAAUUUGGUAUGAAAUGGCUUACUUGGAAGCUAAGAGACGUCUCAAGGUGGGUGAUCGCGUUUUGCAGAUUGCAUUGGGUUCUGGGUUUAAGUGUAAUACUGCCGUUUGGGAAGUCCUGCAGGAUACCCAUCCUUUGGAGACUACUGUUUGGGAUGACUGCAUUCAUAGGUAUCCCUGCAAUACAAGAAAGGAUUUUGGUGAUGAUUAUUGUAAUAAGUGGCUUCAACGCCUCCCAUCUUAUGACACAACUGGGACGGAAGUCUCGGUCAAGUCUGCAUUGUGAAGUCUGUGUUAUGGAUUCUUCUGGAUUAUGAAAUCUACUCUAGGUAUUGCUGACAGUUUCAUUUUCACCUAGCUAAGUUGCGUCAGAUUGGUCAAGGAAUGUUUAAAUCAAAAUAAGUGUUGUGGUUCAUAAGUUUUUCAAUAGCAAACUUUGUUGUAAAUAUAAAGCCUA